UCUUGUCGGCUGUGAAGUUCUAUUCAAUCCCGUAAGAAAAAAAAAAUUAUUCGAACGUUUAACGAUGACUUUGCCAAAAUUAUUAAAUUUUCUCGUGAUUUCAUUGGCGCUGUCCUUUUCGCUUAUUCGAACCGUCGCAUCGAAGCCGAUAUUAACGCACAACAAGGAAUACGAUGACCAGAGUGAAGAUUUAGAUAUUGGAGAGCCGCUCACUGAUCAAGAAUUGAACAAUGUUAUUUCCAUAAAAGUCGGGGAAGAAUACGGGUCCGAAGAAUUUAUUCCAUGGUCCCAACAAGACCCUGAGCUCUUUGGCGGCGAUAUCAAACUAACGGAACGCAAAAAUGCUCUGAUGAGUUCCAGAGCGCGUUGGCCGACAGCCCGAAUCCCUUACGUUUUAGCAUCAGACUACACCCCAAGACAACGGGAAAUAAUUGCCAAUGCCGUAAGCGCUUUUCACAACCUUACAUGCAUCCGAUUCGUUCCACGAACUACUGAAAGAAACUACAUUAGGAUAAAAAAGACCGGAGAGGGUUGCUGGAGCUUCGUAGGAAGGAUCGGCAGACGGCAAACUGUUGGUCUCGAUGACAAGUGCCUUUUGUACUCGAGACCGGGACUGGUCAUCCACGAAUUAAUGCACGUCCUUGGCUUCUAUCACGAGCACCAGCGUCCAGACCGUGACGAAUACGUGUCAGUCGAUUUAGACAACGUUGAACCGAAAAACAAGCGUUACUUUGAAAAGAUGAGGAUUUCGCAUUAUAACAUUCUCGGACAUUCUUACGACUAUGGAUCUGUGAUGCAUUAUCCGAAGGAUGCUUUCGCUAAGGAUCAUAGAAAACCCGUCAUGACGCCAGUGACAGAGGGAACGUCUGUCUUGGGAAAUCGGAAAACAUUCAGCACGGCUGAUCUUGAGAAACUGAACACGUUGUAUUGCAAUUCGCUCGUUUAAUUUUGGGGAGAAU